GCCAUAUAUUUCUACAAUUUAUUCCCGCCAAAUUUCUGUACUUGAUGCCAACAAGUGGUGAAACAGAGCAGUACUGACAAGCGGCAGUUGGGGAUGGUUUACUGCAGUUUGUUUGUGCUCCAUUUAAUAUUAAUAAGGUAUUUUUGACUAAACAAAUCCAUCAAAAUGUACGUUAAAGUAAGAACAAUGGAUGGUAAACAGGAGGCGAUAAUAACUAUCUCCAAAUUAACGGAGGUAGAAGACUUUAAGGAUGAAAUUGAGAAAGAAUUACAUAUAAAAAAAGAUCUACAGAGAUUAUUUUUUAGAGGCAAACAAUUAGAAAAUGGUUAUAAACUGUACGAUUACAAUGUCAACUUAAAUGAUGUAAUUCAAUUAAUGGUGAGAAUACAAAUGGAUGAUAUACAAAGUAUAGCUACAUCUAGUAACAGUCUUAGCAGUAGUUCUGAUUCUGAAAAAGAAGUUAUAAAUAAUUCUAUCGAAGAUGAAAAGCUGGAUGAAGCUGAAAGCUUAUAUUAUAAAUCUGGAGAUGCUAUAGACUGCCUUGAUCAAACUUAUGGAGCUUGGUUUGAGGCUAUAAUAUUGAAAAUAUUUAAAAAGGAUGAUAAGCUUCUUUAUAACCUACGUUGGGAAUUUGAUGACAAAGCUCCACCUUUUAAUGUACCUGAGUCAUCUAUAAGACCACGUGCAAGCAAGCUUAUACAAUUUGAUAAAUUAAAAAUAGGUCAAAAAGUAAUGAUUAAUCAUAAUGUUGAUGAUCCCAAAGAAACUGGAUUAUGGUAUGACUUUACAGUAUUAAAAAUAGAUAAGAAAAGGAGGGUACAGGAGCUUGUUGGAACAUUGCACAUUGGAAGAGAUCAACUGCUUGAAAAUCGUAAAGUAAAUCCUAAAGGUGAGAUUUUUGCAAUUGAAGAACCGAAACUUCUUAAAGAUAGAACUGAGAAUGAUGAACAGCGCAUGGCUAGUAAUGGUAAACGAAGACGAGUACAAGCUAAUUGCAAUGCAUGUUUAGACGAUCCUCAUAAGAAAUGCAAAGAAUGUGGUUGUAGAAUCUGUGCUGGAAAGGAAGAUGAACACAAUCUUUUGCUGUGCGAUGAAUGUAAUUUUGCAUACCACUUACGAUGUUUGAAUCCUCCCUUAACAUCUAUACCAGAAGAAGAUUAUUGGUAUUGUCCAGAAUGUAAAAACGAUGAGAACGAGAUUGUAAAGGCAGGUGAUAAGUUAAAGCAAACAAAAAAGAAGACGAACGAAAACACGAAUAGUAAACGAGAUUGGGGUAAAGGAAUGGCAUGUGUAGGAAGAACAAAAGAAUGCAGUAUCGUUCCACCCAAUCAUCGUGGACCCAUUCCAGGUGUAGAAGUUGGAAUGUGCUGGAUGUACAGAGUGCAGGUAUCUGAAGUUGGAGUGCAUAGACCACAUAUAGCUGGAAUUCAUGGAAGAGAAACAGAUUGUGCAUAUUCUAUUGUAUUAUCUGGGGGCUACGAGGAUGAUAUUGACAAUGGUGAUGAAUUUAUGUACACUGGUUCCGGAGGAAGAGAUUUGUCAGGAAAUAAAAGGACAGCCGAGCAAAGCUGUGAUCAAACAUUGACUAGAAUGAAUAAAGCAUUGGCGGUAAAUUGCAAUGCGAAACUUAAUGCAACUGUUGGUGCUACAGCCGAAGAUUGGAGAGGUGGUAUACCUGUAAGGGUAGUAAGAAACUUUAAGCUUGCUAAAUAUAGUAAAUAUGCGCCAGAAGAAGGCAAUAGGUACGAUGGUAUAUACAAGGUAGUCAAAUAUUAUCCGGAUACAGGUAAGAGCGGUUUUCGUGUAUGGAGGUAUUUAUUAAGAAGAGACGACCCUGCUCCUGCGCCUUGGACAAAAGAGGGUAAAGAACGAAUAUCCGCUCUUGGUUUGAAACCAAUGUAUCCGGAUGGAUAUUUAGAAGCAAUGGCAAAAAAUAAAACAAACAAGAAAAGAAAUAUGUCGGCGAAAGUAGAAAAGUCUUCUAGCUCAAAGAGCGAAGAACCGCCAAAGAAAAAACAGAAGCGUGAAACUUACGAAUUAGAAAUUGAAAUUGUAAAAUUUAUCGAAGAAGAUCAAACAAAUACAAAAUUAUGGGACGAAUGUCGUCUUACUUUAGCAGGCGGUAAAGCCGCAUUUUUACAACAGGUUUCAGAGAGAUUUACGUGUCCCUGUUGUUUGGAACUCGUUUAUAAUCCUGUUACAGUACCAUGUACACAUAAUAUUUGUCAUACUUGUUUAAAACGUAGCGUCUCAUCGGGUGUACAUUAUUGUCCAUCAUGUCGUUUCCAAUUAGACAAAAAUUAUAAGAUGGAAAUUAACAAUUCUUUAUCAUCUGCUCUGUUAUUACUUUAUCCUGGAUACGAGGGUGGAAGAUAACAUUAACUUUUAUAACGUAAUAAUUAUCUUCCAGGAAUUAACUAGUACACACUUGGACUGUAUUACAUAAUAUUUUUAGGUACAAUUCAUAUUUCAGUAAAUGGACUACUGGAAUACAAUAGAUUUGUUACAGUAUAUACAUAUAUAUGUAACAAAAAUAUAGGGUGGAUAAUAUAUUGUAGUAAAUUCUCUUUAUUUAGAGGUUUGUUAACAAGUUUCAUUACGAUAACAAUAAUUAAUGUUAUAUCGAUACGUUAUUUAGAAUCG